AUGGGGUGCACGUAUCUUGAUGCAUUUGUCUUUUCAAGUUCCCGGGAUAAACACCCAGCAGUGGACCAGCUGGCUCACCUGAGGACCGAAGAGCCUGGAUUCCCUGUGCACACCUGCAACAAGUCGUCUUGCAGAAGCUGCGGGAAGAGCAGAGUCAGCCCAAAGUUAGCUUUCAAUGCAAACGAGCGAGAAAGGACAGAUUCCAGCCCGGCGGGUAAAGGUUCAGCAUCGCGUGUCCAGUGCUUGAGUGCUUCCUGGUGGCUGUGCCACAGCUUCUCUCAGCGUCUUACCUGUACUUGUCGUGGGGGUCGUAGGAAGGACUCGGGGGACCCAGGAGCCCUAGAAAUGGACUCAGUGGCCGUUGAGGACGUGGCUGUGAACUUCACCCCAGAGGAGUGGGCUUUACUGGAUCCUUCACAGAUGAGACUCUACAGAGAUGUGACGUGGGAAACCUUCAGGCACCUGGCCUCAGUAGAAAGCAUAUGGUAGGGAGAGUCUGUGAAAGCAAAGAGGGUAGUCACCUUCACUUACCUCACUUUAGUUCAAUCACGUGAAAGAACUCAUACUGGAGAGAAACCCUAUGAAUGUAAACAACGCAGUAAAGCAUUCACUUGUUCCAGUUAUCUUCGAGUACAUGAAAGAAUUCAUACGGGAGAGAAACCGUAUGGAUGUAAGAAGUGCAGUAAAGCAUUCACUUCGUCCAGUUAUCUUCAAAUACAUGAAAGAACUCAUACUGGAGAGAAGCCCUUUAAAUGUAAAAUAUGUGGUAAAGCCUUCAUUUCUACCAUUUGUCUCUCAAGGCAUGGAAGAACUCACACUGGAGGGAAACCCUACAAAUGUAAAAAAUGCGGUAAAGCUUUCACUUGUUCCAGUUCUCUUCAAAGACAUGGAAGAAUUCAUACUGGAGAGAAACCCUAUGAAUGUAAAAUAUGUGGUAAAGCCUUCAUUUCUACCAUUUGUCUCUCAAGGCAUGGAAGAACUCACACUGGAGGGAAACCCUACAAAUGUAAAAAAUGCGGUAAAGCUUUCACUUGUUCCAGUUCUCUUCAAAGACAUGGAAGAAUUCAUACUGGAGAGAAACCCUAUGAAUGUAAAAGAUGCAGUAAAGCAUUCAGUUCUUCCAGUUAUCUUCGAAUACAUGAGAGAACUCACACUGGAGAGAAGCCCUUUAAAUGUAAAAUAUGUGGUAAAGCCUUCAUUUCUACCAAUUGUCUCUCAACACAUGGAAGAACUCACACAGGAGCAAAACCCUACAAGUGUGAAAAAUGCAGUAAAGCAUUCACUUCUUCCAGUUAUGUUCGAGUACAUGGAAGAAUUCAUACUGGAGAGAAACCACUCCAUGGAAGAACUCACACUGGAGAGAAACCCUUUGAAUGUAAAAUAUGUGGCAAAGCCUUCGGUUAUACUGCUUUCAAAACAUGA